CAGAAGAAUAACUCUGCAAGACAAAUUUUUUAUUAUUAUUAUUAUUAUUAUUAUUCUCUUUUUUUUCUUCUUUAUUCUCAUGACACGCCAAGAUUACGAACCACUUGCACAGGAACAAGAAACCUUGUUGGAUAUUGAACAAAAGACAAGCUAUGUCUAUUUCCUAGUGUUUUGUGUGUGCAUAGGUGGUUUCUUGUUUGGCUAUGAUACAGGAGUUAUUUCUGGUGCUUUACAGCCAUUGCAACAUGAUUUUAUUUUAUCAACACAGCAAAAAGAAUGGAUUGUAGGUGGUACAACCAUGGGAGCUGUUGUAGGAGGGCUUGUUGCUGGCAUGUUAUCAGAUCAGUUUGGAAGAAAGGUACAUGCCAUUAGUGUUAUGUGCUGCUUCUAUUUUCAUUAUUGGCUCUGUUAUGCUUUCAGUAGCUACUCAUUAUGCCACACUGUUGUUGGGUCGAUGGGUUGUUGGCCUUGGUGUAGGUAUUGCUUCGAUGGUUAUACCUGUUUAUAUUAGUGAAGUAGCACCUAAAAGUUUUCGUGGUCAAUUGGCCACGUUGAAUACGCUUGUGAUUACAUUUGGACAGGUCAUUGCUUAUCUAGUGAAUAUUGUCUAUGCUGACAAAAAGAGUGGAUGGCGAUACAUGUUUGGACUAGGUGCUAUUCCUGCUCUUUUUCAAUUAGGCUUCAUGCCUUUUUUGCCUGAAAGCCCUCGCCGUAAUAUAGCUUGCCGUGAUGUAGUGGCUGCUAAGCACACACUAAGAAAGAUUUAUGGUCCUUAUGUAUCAGAUGAGUUCCUUAACAAUGAAAUUAAAACAAUUCAAGACGAUUUGAGUGGUCAAGGCACCUAUCAUGAUCUCUUCUUCAAGCAUCAGAACCUAAAGCCUUUAUUGAUUGCUUGCUUAUUACAGGCUGCUCAACAACUGUCUGGGUUCAAUACAGCCAUGUAUUAUGCUGCUACUAUUCUUCAUAUGGCAGGUUUUCGUCAAAACUCAACUGUCGUGGCCCUGAUUGUAGCAUUAACAAAUAUGCUGUUUACUAUUCUUGCUGUUCACUUGAUUGAAAAGACAGGCCGUCGUCGUAUUUUACUAUGGACGAUGGUCUUCAUGAUAGCAAGUUUGGUUGUGUUAGGUGGAUCCUUUGCUGUUCAACAACAAGGCCUGGUGUCCAAACAACCCAACUGUGAAGACUAUCUUCAUUGCACCCGUUGCUUGUUGGACGAUCGUUGUGGCUGGUCUAUCCUUCAAUCCUGUGUCAGCAAAGACUCUGUUGAGUCCAUGGCCAUGUGUCCUCAAAGACCUAUGGAUGGUCCAAUCACCAUUUUACUCCUGGCCUCUUUAACAGCCUAUGUAGCAAGCUAUGCAUUAGGUCUAGGAUAUGUUCCUUGGAUCAUUCAAAGCGAGCUGUUUACACUAUCUGUUCGUGGCAAAGCAAAUGGGGUUGCUACAGCUACCAAUUGGAUCUGUAAUUUGAUGGUUGCUUCUACGUUUUUGACAAUGACCAAUGCUCUUUCAACAGCAGGUGCAUUUUGGCUUUAUGCAUGUAUUUCUGCUAUAUUAUGGGUUGGUAUUUAUUGCUACUUACCCGAGACUUCUGGUAGAUCUUUAGAAGAAAUUAGUGCAUUGUUUGUUCAAGACACAUGUAUGAAUACCUAAAAAAAAAA